AUGCUCGUCGCGUCCGUCUUGAAGAUCUUCUACUGGUUCGGCGCUUACUACUCUCUUUCGCUCCUGAUUCAGGCCGUUAUCACUGUCGGGGUGCAGGUAGUCUUGUUGAAGGUUGCAUUGGACAAUCGGCCAUCGCCCGGGUUGAAGAACAGCGUUGAGCAUGUUCCUUUCAGCAGUGUGGACAAUGGCGGUGGAUUUGCGAGACCCUACGAUUUCUGGCAAUGGAAGAGCGCGAAACCUUACUGGAUGUUUUUGGCGUAUUUCAUCGGCGCGCUCACCUUCAUCCAAGUCCUCCUGCCCCCAAUUGCCUACUCGGAAUCCUACAUCGGUCUUCUUGGAUACGUCGGUCUCGCCGUGGAAGCCACGCUGCCUCUUCCCCAGAUUUUCAAGAACCAUAAGUCCCGUUCGUGCGCAGGAUUCCGGCUCUCGGUGCUCGCGGCUUGGAUCCUCGGUGAUCUCAUGAAGCUGAGUUACUUCUUCUGCAGCCAGGAGGUGAUCCCUUGGGCUUUCCGGAUGUGUGGUCUCUUCCAGUGUGUUUGCGACCUGUACUUGGGCGUGCAGUUUUGGAUGUACAGUGGUGCCUCGUUCCGGACUGCGGGCAGUCCUCGAGGACCUAGUGAGAGCUAUAAUGUGGAGGAGAAGGACAUCCGAAUGACUUGA